AUGAAGUUUUCCGCUACCUUUGUUCUUGCAAGUCUUGCGGCCUUGUCCAGCGCCGUGCCUACGCCUGGCAAGAGCGUUGAGGACUACACCAUUGGUCCGGAGAGACGUGCCAAGUCUGUCGAGGAUUACACCAUCGAACCUGAGAAGCGUGGCAAGUCUGUCGAAGACUACACUAUUGGACCAGAGAAACGUGGCAAGUCUGUUGAGGAUUACACCAUCGGCCCCGAGAAGCGCGCCAAGUCUGUUGAAGACUAUACCAUCGGACCUGAGAGACGUGCCAAAUCCGUCGAGGAUUACACCAUCGGCCCCGAGAAGCGCGCCAAGUCUGUUGAAGACUAUACCAUCGGUCCGGAGUGA